AAUUGCAGGAGGCGACGAGGAUUCGCCGUUUUAUUGCUUCAUCCGUUGCGUGGAACGAGUAUACAGUUAGAGAUAGUAACACAACAAGGAAGAGAAGGCAACAGCAAGUAUGGCAUCGAAAGUUGUACCCAAGAUCAAGUUCAAUAACGGCAGGGAGUUUCCGCUCUUCGGUUUGGGCACAUGGAAGUCGAAGCCUGGUGAAGUUACUCAAGCUGUGAAGGAUGCCAUCGACAUUGGUUAUAGGCACAUCGAUUGUGCUCACGUUUACCAAAACGAGAAGGAAGUUGGUGCAGCCAUUACGGCCAAGAUUGCUGAAGGUGUCGUCAAAAGGGAGGAUUUGUUCAUCACCAGUAAACUGUGGAACACCUUCCACAGGCCAGGAGCAGUCGAACCUGCUUUGAAAGUUACCCUUAGCAACCUAGGUCUGGAGUAUUUGGACUUGUACCUGAUCCAUUGGCCUUUCGGUUUCAAAGAAGGAGAAAACAUUUUCCCGAUGAAGGAAGAUAACUCCGGCGUCGAUAUGUCCGACGAUGAUUACGUUGACACCUGGAAAGCCAUGGAGGAAGUAAACGCCAAGGGACUGACCAAGUCCAUUGGAAUCUCUAAUUUCAACAAGGCCCAGAUCGAGAGGUUGCUCCAAUCCGCGAAGAUCGUCCCAGCCACCAAUCAAGUUGAAUGCUCUCCGUACUUCAAUCAGAAGAGAUUGAUCGAAUUCUGCAGGUCCAAGGGCAUCACCAUCACAGCAUACAGUCCUUUGGGAUCUCCAGAUAGGCCGGGAUACAAGGCAGGCGAUCCUCAACUCUUGGACGAUCCCAAGUUCAAAGAGAUGGGAGCCAAGUACGGUAAGACCGCAGCCCAGAUUGUUCUUAGAUAUCAAGUGCAGAGGGGACUCAUCACCAUCCCCAAAUCCGUGACGAAAUCCCGGAUCGCCGAGAACUUUAACAUCUUCGAUUUCGAGCUUUCCACUGAAGACAUGGCACAUCUGGACUCUUUCGAUUGCAACGGAAGGACCUGCACCUUCGCAGAUGCCAAAUCGCAUAAAUACUACUCAUUCCACGAUGAAUACUAGGAAAGCAACAUCUUUUGGUCUUAUAAAUUCCUUUCGUGGAAUUUAAUUAAAAUUAGAAUAUUUGGAAUAAAUUAAUUAUUAUCAAUAUUUAUUGUAAAUACAUCGAGUUUGGAAACAAAUAUUCUUGUUUUAUACAAAUAAAUACAAAUUUCAUUACGAA